AUUAUUUGAGUUUUGUUGGCAUAUCCACGAAAAAAUGGUCCUCAAUUGAAAUUAUUGGGGAAAAUUGGAUUAGUGUAGCUGGUCCCAGGUGGUUUGGAACUAAUCAUACUUGAGUUCAAUAGGUGAUGGCUGAGAUAAUACACAUUAUGAUGUGGAUUGUUCUUUGCAUGCUGGUAUUCAACAUUCAGGAGGAUAAGGAUUGUUGCUUAACGUGUUAUACUUUUGUGAUUGGUGUCUUUCAGCCUUGGAUCCAGCAGAGACGAAUAGAUUAUGUAAAGCACAAGCAUGUGAUAUCGGGAAUCCUACAAAACUUGAAACAGCGUGCUCUAGGAAGUCUACUGAGUGAUGAGGGGGAACCUGAUGUAGCUGUCAUAAAAAAGUUGUUCCAUGCAAUUGAUGAGAAUCAUGAUGAUCACCUUUCAUUUAGUGAACUAAAAGCACUUGUUUUGGGAAUCCGGUUUGAGGAGAUAAACUUGGAUAGAGAUGAUGCUGUAGAAAAAAUUAUGAAAGAUUUUGAUAGCUCCAAUGACUACCGUAUUAGUAAGGAUGAGUUCAUAGUUGGUAUUUCAAAGUGGCUUAAUGAGGCAAAGCGAGUUGGGGGCUCUUCAACUGAUCCUGGGCCUCGAACAUCCAAGUUUAUAGAAGGUUUUCAGGAGCAAACUAAGAGAGAACAUUACCUGUUGGGUGCUGAUGGGGAACGAAGUGAUAAGGUUGCUGGGGAUGUUGAAAAUCCUAGGUGGACCUCCUUCAAAGCAGUACUAAUGCUGUUGCUGGGAACUCUUAUUGCUGCUGCAUUUGCUGAUCCACUCGUAGAUGCCGUUGAUAAUUUUUCAGAUGCAACAAGCAUUCCGACAUUCUUCAUCUCGUUUAUUGCAUUGCCAUUGGCUACAAACGCUAGGGAAAUUGUAUCGGUAAUUAUUUCGGCCAGUCGUAAAAAGCGGAAAACGGCUUCCUUGACAUUUUCUGAGCUUUACGGAGCAAUAACCAUGGACAACCUCCUUUGCCUGUCAGUUUUCUUAGCACUAGUCUAUAUCAGGGGAUUGACAUGGGACUUCUCGUCUGAGGUGUUGGUUAUUCUAAUUGUUUGUCUUCUGAUGGGUGCCUUUGCCAGUCUCCGCACCACAUUCCCUCUCUGGACAAGUUCAGUGGCUUUUAUCCUCUACCCUUUCUCCCUGGCACUGGUUUAUGUUCUCAAUUAUGUCUUUGGUUGGUCAUAAACGAAUGUUUUUAAACUCAAGCUGGAGGGCAAUCCUUAGACCUUUGGUUCUAAUUGAACCGGUUAGAUCUGUUAAACUAUAU